AUGGCCGCUGCUGCGACCUGCGGCGGAGUGCGGUACUACAGACAUCACAUCAGUUCUCCAGCUGACCCGUGGAUGCUCGUCCACAUGGCCGUGUCCAAAGGGGGCGGGACCCUGCGGGACCUGCAGCUGGCUCUGCAGCUGAAGAUCGAGGAGCUGCGGCAGCGAGACGCUCUCAUCGACGAGCUGGAGCUGGAGCUGGACACCAAGGACGAUGUGAUCCGGCAGCUGCAGCUGGAGAUGGACCGGCACCGCAGGCCGUCGCAGAACACGCCCCUCGCUGCAGAGAGGGCGGGCACAGACGGAGCGGCGCUGACGAACCCGGCGGCGCCCGACGAGCCGCAGCGAACCAAGAGGCAGGCGAUCUCAGCCGAGCCGUCAGCGCUGGACCCGUCGCAGCUCAGUGACGUCACGCUCACCAGCUACUGCAAGUCCAAAGAAUCCAGUGAGCUGAUCCAGAGGGCGCUAAUGGACAACGACUUCAUGAAACAUCUGGAGCACGGGCAGAUCCUCACCAUCAUGGAGUGCAUGAGUCCCACCAGCCUGACCAAAGGCUGCUGUGUGAUCCAGGAGGGAGACGACGGCUCCACGGUCUACGUCCUCGAGGAGGGGAAAGUGCAGGUGACCAAACAAGGGAAGAAACUCUGCUCCAUCGGCCCAGGAAAAGUGUUCGGAGAGCUCGCCAUCCUGUACAACUGCACCCGCACCGCCACCGUGACAGCUCUAACUGACAUCAAGCUCUGGGCGAUCGACCGUCAGGGUUUCCAGACCAUCAUGAUGAGGACUGGUCUCAUCAAACUCUCCCAGUACACAGACUUCCUCCGCAGUGUUCCCUCCUUGCAGUCUCUACCUGAGGACGUCCUCAGUAAACUGGCUGACGUCCUGGAGGAGACUCAUUACAGCGAAGGUGAUUACAUUAUCCGUCAGGGAGCCACCGGAGACACGUUCUUCAUCAUCAGCGAAGGACAGGUGAAGGUGUCUCAGCAGAACGCAGCCGGCGACGAGCUGCUGCUGGAGAAGAGUCUUUCUAAAGGCGACUGGUUUGGAGAGCAGGCGCUGGAAGGGGAGGACGUGCGUACAGCCAGCGUCACGGCCGUGGGAGACGUCACGUGUCUGGUCAUCGACAGAGAGUCUUUCAAGCAGCUGAUUGGAGGACUGGACGAUGUCAACAACAAGCCGAGCGACGACAACGAGGUCGAAGCAAAGCUGCAGGCCGAGGCCGACUUCUUCGGCAGCGUCUCGCUCAGCGACUUCAGCGUCAUCUGCACGCUGGGGAUGGGAGGCUUCAGCCGUGUGGAGCUGUUGCAGUUGAAGACGGAUCCCAGUCGCUCGUUCGCCCUGAAGGUUCUGAAGAAGCGUCACAUCCUGGACACCAGCCAGCAGGGCCACAUCCUGUCGGAGCGCCGCAUCAUGAUGGAGGCUCACAGCCCCUUCAUCAUCAGGUUGUACCGGACCUUCAGAGACGCCAAGUACCUGUACAUGCUGCUGGAGGCGUGUCUGGGAGGAGAGCUGUGGACGCUGCUGAGAGACAGGGGUUCGUUUGAUGACGGCAACACUCGCUUCUACACGGGCUGUGUCAUCGAGGCGCUGGCGUUCCUGCACUCCAGAGGAAUCAUCUACAGAGACCUCAAACCGGAGAACAUCAUCCUGGACCACAGGGGCUACGCCAAGCUGGUGGACUUUGGCUUUGCAAAGAAAGUGGGUCUGGGUAAGAAGACCUGGACGUUUUGUGGGACUCCGGAGUACGUGGCCCCGGAGAUCAUCCUGAACAAAGGUCACGACAGCUCGGCCGACUGCUGGUCUCUGGGCAUCCUGGUGUUCGAGCUGCUCAGCGGCAGUCCUCCGUUCUCAGGUUCUGAUCCCAUGAAUACGUACAACAUCAUCCUGAAAGGCAUCGACAUGAUCGAGUUCCCCAAGAAGAUCACGAAGAGCGCCGCCAACCUCAUCAAACGCCUCUGCAGGGACAACCCUUCAGAGCGGCUGGGGAACCAGAAGAACGGAGUGAAGGACAUCCAGAAACACAAGUGGUUUGAGGGCUUCAACUGGGACGGCCUCCGCCAGGGAACCACCGACUCUCCGUUCACGCCCACGGUGAACGGACCCCUGGACAACGGCAACUUUGAUUACUUCCCAGAAGACACUGAGGGCCCCCCCCCCGACGAAGAGUCCGGCUGGGACCUGGAGUUCUAA